UAAAUCGGUCAUUAUUUAUGUUUAUUAAUGAUUCUUUGCAGCAUAUGUGCAGUAUUAUUUGAUAGUCGACUAACAAAACUAAAAAUAGCGAAAGUUGAAGCUGUAUUUCUUAGUUCGUAAAGCCAAGAUCAUAACAAAAAUUCAAUUCAUUUAAUAUCUUUUGAGAUAUUAUCUUACACUUUACUCUUUCUUUUUCAAAAGAAAUGUUUUUGGACUAUUUGAUUUUUUAAGAACAUGCUAUUUAAUUGAAAUUGUUGUCGUUAUUUUAAUAUGUGAAUUAUUUUUUCUAAAGUAUGUGCUUUAUUUUGAUAAAAUCAAAUAUUUUUAUUUGAUAUAUCAUAAUAUAGUUAAUAGUAAUGUGUUGGAAAUUAAAUCUAAAUUCGGGAAGCUUGAGUUCAUAGCCGACUCUUUGUUCUAUAUAAUUUUAAUGGGUUUAUAUUGGGCCAAAUUAAUAUUUAAUUAUAAAAUUAUAGAAAAUUAAGGUCCAAACACAUAUUGAUGUAGGGUUUAGGUAUGUCAUUGUGUCUUAUAAAUAUCAUCUAUUGAUAUGUAAAAUCCGCCGCACCAACUCUUUUUAGCGGAUAAGAAAGAUCUCAAUCUUACUAGUUUUUCGUUCGUGUGAUAGAAACACAACGUAAAUUGCUCUCAACUGUGUAGCAAGAUCGCUUGCGUGGCAGUUUCAAACUAAUCAAGCAGAUGGCUGGCGUUAGGCCCUUAACGGAGGAGGAAAAGGAACUUAUGUCAUUAUAUGGCAAACCAAUUACCGUAUAUGAUAUUCUUCAAGCUUUCUCACAGGACAAGGUAUGCACUAUCUUUCUCUAUUUUUCCUAUAACAUUCUUCAAGCUUUCUCACAGGACAAGGUAUGCACUAUCUAUCUACAAGCUUUUAUUAUUUGUCAUGCAGCCACGUUUCCUUCCAAGGUGUUUGAGCUACAAAAUACAGGCGAAGAAAAAUAAGAUGGCAAAUCUAGGUGGAAUAGCAAUUUACAACUAUAUGAAUUGUAACAACAUAAUACUGAAAUCCCAAGUUGUGGAAAGGACUUCUUGCCCAUUUUGCCCAAUGAAAUGUGGAAGCCUCAAGGGCGUGAAACAUCAUUUGAUGUCAUCGCAUGCCUUAUUUGAUUUUAACUUUCGGCUGUCGGAGAAUGGUCAUCCGAAUUUUGAUGUCUCCGUGAAACCUGAUGCAUUCACAAAUGGGGUACUAACUUAUGAUUUAGAGGAGCACAAUCGUGUUAAUAUCUACCUUUAUCGCUCGAAAUCCCGUAUGCGAGGCCAAAGAGCUGGUCCUAAGGGACGUAAAUGUUGUAAGAUUUUUGAGAAGUAUUCAGAAGAUGUCCCUCGUGACAAAGCAAAUGAAAUUUCUCAUGUGAACGGUGAUAAUAUCCCAUCCUCCCUAGCAAGAACUCGCUUGUCGGGACAGACUAGUGACAUUCAGACAAUAACUCAACCAGAGAUAGGUCAGUCUUCUAAAGCUAAGGGGCCUCGUGCUAUUGGGAGAAAAAGGUUAAAUCCACAGCGGGUUGGGGCUGAAAGAACCGAUCUUCUUAGGAGUCGGCAGUUCUAUCACUCUAAAACAUUGCAGCCAAUGACUCUGGAAGAAGUACUGUCUGAUGCGGACAGCGAUAAUGAAGAUGAUCAAGAAUUUAAAGAUUUUCAAGAACGCAUGAAGAUUGAUCGGUUGGUGGAUGCCAGCGAUGAGGAGAAGAGAUUUAUGUGGCUUUGGAACACAUUCAUUAGAAAGCAAAGGGUGUACGCGGAUAAACAUGUUCCUUGGGCAUGUGAAGAGUUCGUAAAAGUUCAUGCGAAAGAGCUGAUCACUCCUAAACUUCUCUGGCAAUGGAGAAUGUUCGCAAUUGAUACGCUGUGUUUAAAAUACGGUCUGAUAUGCGCCAAGACCAUGGACAAAUGCAGUAUCAUCCUGCAGAAGACACAAGAAGCAGAAGAAGCACCAGAAGAAGCGGCGGCAGCAGCAGAAGUGGCGGCAGCGGCAGAAGCGGAGGCAGCAGUGGCGGCAGCAGUGGCAGCAGCAGCAGCGGCAAAAGUGGCAGCAGAUGCAGCGGCAGCAAAAGCAUCCGCCGCUCAAGGCACAAGAAAAAGCGCCAGAACGCAAAAGAAGAAGAAGCAAGAAGCAGCAGCCACCUCUAAAGCUAAUGCUAAUGGCAACGAGCCACAGCCAAUGGAACUUGAUGAAGAAGAACAUUAGCCAUGGUGAGUGUCGGAGGAUCUUCAUUUCUGAACUGAGAGAUCAUAACUAUUUUAAAACUCCCGUACUCAGAUACCAUUUCCUUCCUUUCAAAUUAUGUUGAAGUAAACUUUUAAUUUUAUCUUUAAUAAUCUCAAAGGGUUACAAACUACAAAGACUGAUUAUGAUACCUGAAAAGGAGAUUAAUUCAUGGGUUUUUUUCCUCAUCAAAGGUCAAUGAGGGACAAGUUAGUAUUUAAUUACAAAACAAAGUGUUUUGUUUAUGUUUACAACCCUAGCUUUCUUCUACUAUCUAAUCUGAUCCCUUUUUUUUAUUUA